UUCGUCUCCCUCUUCUCCACCUCGUCAUCUUCAACCCACAUAAAUCUUCUCUCUCUGGAAAAAAAAAACCGGACAACAAAAAGCUCUGUCUGAGCGGCAUAUGUCUCAAAGGACCUCUGUGCCUCAUUCUUCUUCUGUCGCCUUCGGCCUCCACUCUCAUCUCCUAGUUUCCAAACAAAAGGUUAACUCUUCUCUGGUUCCGCCAUUUUUUCCGAGAAGAUGGGUCUAAAGGGUUUUGCCGAAGGAGGAGUCGCUUCGAUCGUGGCGGGUUGCUCGACCCACCCGCUUGACCUCAUCAAGGUCCGAAUGCAACUUCAGGGCGAGUCCGCUCCGAACUCGGCGGUUCAGAGAAAUCUCCGACCAGCUCUUGCAUUUCAGAACAACGUCUCCUCCUCCGCCGUCCACGCGCCACCGCCUCGCGUGGGUCCGAUCGCCGUCGGAGCCCGUAUCAUCCAGAACGAGGGCGUCGCCGCUCUGUUCUCCGGCAUCUCCGCCACCGUUCUCCGGCAGACGCUCUACUCCACGACCCGUAUGGGCCUCUACGACAUCCUCAAGCAGAAGUGGACCGACCCAGAGACCAGAACCAUGCCCCUGACCCUAAAACUCACCGCUGGUCUCAUCGCCGGAGCCAUCGGUGCAGCCGUAGGGAACCCCGCCGACGUAGCGAUGGUCCGAAUGCAGGCCGACGGGCGUCUCCCACCGGCCCAGCGCCGCAACUACAAGAGCGUGGCCGACGCGAUCUCGCAGAUGGUCCGCCGCGAGGGCGUGACGGCGCUGUGGAGGGGGUCGUCGCUGACGGUGAACAGAGCGAUGCUGGUGACGGCGUCGCAGCUGGCGUCGUACGAUCAAGCGAAGGAGACGAUCCUGGCAAAAGGGCUGAUGAAGGACGGGCUGGGGACCCACGUGGUGGCGAGUUUCGCGGCCGGAUUCGUGGCGGCGGUGGCGUCUAACCCGGUGGAUGUGAUAAAGACGAGGGUGAUGAACAUGAAGGUGGAGCCAGGGGUCGCGCCGCCGUACGCCGGAGCAUUGGAUUGCGCGGUCAAGACGGUGAAGGCGGAAGGAGUGAUGGCUCUUUACAAAGGGUUUAUUCCGACAAUCUCGAGACAGGGACCGUUCACUGUGGUUCUGUUCGUGACGCUCGAACAGGUCAGGAAGCUGCUCAAAGACUUCGACUUUUGAAUGUUGUAGAGGUCGAAACGAUGGCGGCGAUAAUGAAAUAAAACUUCAUCGUAAGAUUCACUGUUUUGUUUUUCUCAUUAUAAUACAAAUGGACCUUAUUGUUUUCAAUUUGAUAAUUCAAUGAAAGGAACAAUAUAGAUGUGAAAGGAUGGAUGAUGAUUCCUUUUA